CGACAUGGCAGAUGGCGGCAGCGGCGCCUCGGGCCUGCGCCUGACGUUCCCCAGGUCGUGUCUGGUGGCGCUGCGCGGGAUGUGGGUGCGGUCGCAGGAGCUUGGCGUCGAGCUGGCCGGCGUGCUCGAGGUGGCCGGCGACGGGACGGUGGCGAUGGCCACGAGCCAGGUCGAGGCCGAGGCGCGGUGUGGAUACGCAACCGACGGGUACACGGUGGCGGACACGGCGGCCGACGACGCGGCGUACACCUUUCACACCCAUCCAAUCGAGUUUGACAACGACGACGAGGCGCCGAUCAAUGUGCCGAACCUCAUCUCGUCCGAGGACAUGAUCGGCGCAGUCCAGGAUGCCGCCGCCAACUCUGGCUUCCUCUCCAACCCGACAGGUGCCAACAUGGUUGACGUCCUCCUUUCCCCGCUCGGCAUUUUUGUCUACGGUGCCGGCCGGGGCGUGCUCGACAAGUGGGAAAGCUGCGAGCCGGAGAUCACCCGCGCGAUGGCCGUCGAAUACGCCGCCCACUUUGCGCGCUCAUCGCGCGGCCUGCGACGGGCGGCUAGGGCCAAGCUUGAGACCGACAUCCUCACACUCGACAACGACGGUCUCAAGGCUCACAUCGCCGCCCACCAGGACUCGCGCAACAUGUUCUUUGCCGAAGUUGAGAACGGGAUGAUGAACGACGCCUUUGACGCCUACAUCGGCUCGUGGGGCUAUCUGCAGGAGGGCAAGGGCCUGUACGCAGAGGUCAUCGCGCCGCAGUUUGAGGAUCUUGGCUACACUAUGCCUGGCUGCCGGAUCGCCCCGUCGGCGCCUCGAGUUGUGCAAGAGGCCUGGUUCUCGUCGGCCGAGUUUCUGGCGGCCGAUCCGAGUCGCGGCUAUGCCGAGCUGGACGCGUACCUGGCGCUGCUGCGCGACGAGGGCUUUCGAGUUGCGCCGGAGCGAGCGUGA